AUGUUUCUCGAUUACGUUGUAGUCGACGUCUUCACUAAUACUCGAUUCCUGGGUAACCCACUGGCCAUUGUCCUCGUCCCAGCGAAGCACCGAAAGACUCUCACCCAAAUCACCAAGCAAAAAAUUGCUGUCGAAUUCAAUCUCUCUGAGACGAUCUUUCUCCACGAACCGUCAGAAGAUAACUCUGAAGCGAUCGAGUCUCUCGCUAUUGAUACGUUCACGCCGAAAUGCGAAAUUCCGUUCGCCGGCCACCCGACGAUCGGGGCAGCGGCGUAUAUUUUCCGACAUUAUAAAAGGGGCUCUGCAACUCUGAAGAAUUUGGUGACAAAGGCAGGUUCUAUCCCUGUUUCGCAAGACGUGGUAUCCGGUAUCUUGAGCGCUUCGAUUCCCUUUGAGUGUCACUUGCACCGGACACCCGUUAAAUCCAACCUCGUGGCAGAUGGGGCAGCUCCAAUCAUAUCUCUUGUGAAGGGAUUGUCGUUUGUUCUGGCUGAGCUUGCGGACAUCGAUUCCUUGGCGAGCGUCACUACAGGGCUGCUGGAGGAUUGCGUGAAUAUCGAAGCUCUGGACGACGGUUGGAACUGCGGUCUGACGGGAACAAAAUACUUUGUUGAUCUUGGAAACGACGAGAAUGGAUGUAAACAGCUUCGGACGAGAAUGUUCGUCACGUGGGAGGAUCCAGGAACUGGCAGCGCUUCUAGUGCACUCGCUUGCUUUCUAGCGCUUAGAGAAGACAAGGAGCAGGGAAUAGGGCCCUUCCAUUAUCAUGUUAUACAAGGAGUUGAGAUGGGGAGAAGGAAUGAUAUCUUUGUGAGUGUUACCCGGAGUGAGGAUGGAGAACGCGUCACAGAGAUUUUGCUCCGCGGUGACUCGGUUCUGGUUAGUGAGGGGCGGAUAUCAGCGGAUUCCCCGUCCGAACAGUGA